UUGAUCCUUCAACUGCCCAGCUGUUUUCUUUUUCCCCUCCAAGGUCUUCGAAUAUUUACGGGCCAUAUAACGAGGCCAAUAUAUACGAGAUCCACGUGACAUUGAGCAUUUGACCAUGAUUCUUUUCGAGCGAGGAAACGAUGCGCUCAAUGUCAAUCCCAUAACGGGGGUUGAUGAAGCUCUGUCCUUGCAUGGGUCGGACUGGCUCUGGGCCGUCAUGGCCAUCUAUUGCCUGUCCUUGAUUGUCCUUUUAUCCUUCUCCUUCACCAGCAAAGAGAGCGAGAGAGUUUUCCACUACCUGUUCACCUUGGUCCUCCUAGUCGGCGCCACCACGUAUUUCGCCCAGGCUUCCGAUCUUGGUUGGAGUGCAGUGAAGCAGGUCGAUCAUGUCGGUAACGGACUUGUCCGCCAAAUGUUCUGGGCCAAAUACGUCAACUGGGUCGUCGCCUUCCCUUCGCUCGCCCUGGCACUCGGUCUCGUGUCCGGCGUUUCCUGGACCACUAUUGUCACCAACAUUGUUUGCGCGUGGUUCUGGGUCAUCACCUACCUCGUGGCCGCGUACACGACCACAAGCUACAAGUGGGGUUUCUUCGCCUUUGGCACUUUCGCCUGGCUCAUCCUCGCCAUGAGCACUAUCAAUGAGAGCCGGGAAGCCGCGGCCCUGUUGGCCGUGGACCGCGACUAUCUCAUCCUUUCCGUCUGGUUGAAUGUCCUGUGGGUGCUUUACCCAAUCGCUUUUGGGCUGACGGAUGGCGGCAACAUCAUCGGCGUCACCAGUGGCCAUGUCUUCUUCGGCGUCCUCGACGUGCUCAUGGUCCCGGGCCUCAGCUUCGGGUUCUUGUUCUUCUCCCGCAAUUGGGAUUUUCGCAAGUUGAACAUUGCGUUCAGCGACAGUCGUCCCAGCCGAGAGAACAACCCCGCCUACAAGGAAGCUCCCCAGACUUCCCCUGGAGAUCCUUGAUCAAAGGCUUUUUCAGAAGCCGUGCUUGCGACGUGCUUGUUUUCCCAUUUGCUGGGUAGAGAUGGGAUUUUUGGUACUAGAUUGCAUGCCUUGGGCAUUUUUUCUUCCUCGUCCCAUCUACUUGAGUAAUUACUCGCUCUCUCUCAGACUUUCUUAGCUUCUCUUUUUUUUUUUUUUGUCCGUUCGGCAUUUUCAUAUCAUCCUAUGUAUUUUCCAACACAUUUCAUCUAU